AUGCUGCGUAACGCCAGUUCUAGGGUCACCGAGCGACGGACCUUAAACGUGGCUCGAGAAGCUGGCCUCGGCUUCACAUUGCACAGGGUGGAGCUGCUGCUGGCAGUUGCGCUGGGAGUCAUGACAGACGAACGAGUUUCUUCCUCCUGUGACGAUGCGGCCAACGGCCAGGUUUCCGGCCUGUCUGUUUCGUUUGCGAACAGAGCUAUACAUGUGGACGCUGGCAAUUACGGUGUCGGGAUCCGGAUUGCGUUCUACCUUCAAUGGUUCGGCAUGAUCAUCACCUCGUGGUUGUUCGAGUCCGACGCUAUCAAUCUGCACUUUAUCAACGCCGUCACCACCGCUGCGAUGUCCAUCGGCCUGGUUCUGAAUCUGGAAAGGCUUCAGCCAGUCGAAAUAUACAUCGUUCUGCUGCUUGCAUGCGGCACACUGUACUUCACAGUACCGAUUUACCUCUGGAGACUGGUGACCAGCUGCCGGCCGUGGUGGGACCCGGACAGGUGGACAAGGAUCAAGACCGGAUGGCUCUUCCGGGUGUUGACGUACUCGAUAAUAACCAAGAACCGUAUCUUGUCCCUCCAACACUUUCGAACUAUCUGUGACCUCAUCGUAGCCAGCAUUGUCACCCUGGCCAUCGAGCUCGUGAUCUCUUGGAACAAAAUUACAGUCGCAAACGAUUUGAACUCUUCCGCGCAAAUCAUCCCGCCUGCGCUCACUGGUGCGUAUCUCCUACGGUGCGUGUGCGUAUGGAUCACAGGUCCAGACGGGAAUGGUGGAGACAACAACAUCCAAAACAGAAGCCUUCCCCCCAGAAAGAGGAACCUUUCAGACAGGCAGAGGCGCUCUUCAUACCGUCGUCGUCGCCGCUCCCGGAGAACCUCACGAACAUCUGCGGAUUUCAUGGAUGCAUAUCCCGAUCUUUUUGGCCUUUCAGAGCUGACGGUGCCAACACCGUUGGCGUCAUUUGGUGGUUUCUCUGCUCCUCCUGCUUCGGGUUAUUACGGUAUGCCAUCAAAUUAUUAUUAUGCUUACUAUGGUGACUACGUUGGCGACGAGGUGCCGCCCCUGGAUGAUAACCUUGGCCACAUUUCACCGGAGCCACCCCCACCACCGGCGCCGACGCCGGCUUCCUCACAUGGUAGGAAUCAAGACUCUCCUGUCGGCGGUGAGGGUUACAUGCGAUUGUGA